AAUAAAGUUUGAGCUUGUUACUUAAAAGAUUAUGCACUUCUGUAACUCUCAUCAAUAAUUUUUUUUAGGUUUUUUUUAAUAUGUGAUCAUUUCGGUACUCAGAAGUAUUCUCAUUUGAUUUUGUUAAUAUUAAUAUUUUCAGCCCAUCGUUUUUUUUAAACAUGCCACCUUUGUACGAACUUUAUUAGAUGGUAAGCCUCUCCCCCCAUUGGAUUCAAAUUCUUUUGAACUAAUUUUUGCAUACACAAGCUAGGCCGAGCUGAUAGAAAUUGGCAUAUGCCACAGGCAACAAAAUAUCUGCCGCAGUGGGUGCUUUUCAUGUUUAGAGAGCUGCAUAUAGAAGAGCGCGAACCACAUAUUCCUCCCCGUUUUUAACUUCAAUUAUUGAUUAUCUUUUUCCAGGGUGAUUUCAUUUGUUUUCUUCUCCCACUGAUCAAGCCCAGGGACAAGGAGUUGCCACUUCCCACCAUUUUAAAAGCCGAAGCAGAGAGCUCUGCUACCCCCAUUCACGAUUAAGCUUCAGAUUCAACAGCAGCAGUCGAAAUAGAGAGACUGAGAGAGUAUAUUAACUUAUACAUUCCUUUAGCUCUCCUUGUUCCUUUUCCUCAUUUCCCCUCAUAAGAACCCAUUUCUUCCUGUCUGCAACUUUACCCACACUCUAAAAGGCACCAACUUUCCUAAAACCCAGCUCCCAUUUCUCGAGCUCCUCUGUUUUUGUAUUCUGCAAUUUAGCUCCUCUCUGUUUUGGGGGCUGGUUGUUGAUUCCUCGUCUUGAACGAAGCUGUUUGCAACAAGAGGGUAACAAAAAGGGACGGCGAGCUCUAUGGGGAUGCCAAAUUUUUUGAUGCAGACGGUGUAAGGAAACCCUAGGGAUUUCUUGUUAUUUUCUUGUCUGUAUUCCAAGCCAGCAGAUCCUUUUAUCCACCAAAAAAACGAGGAAAAGAAAACCAUUGGUACCUAUAUCGACGGCCAUUGUUGGGAAUCUUUUGGAAGAAAAAGAGGAGGGGGAAAAAAAACAGAAUGGACUUGAACUUGAAGUCAUUUGAUGCCAAAUUAUUAAUGGGUGCUUCGUCUGAGUUAGCUCCAAGAAGAACCGGACAUUCCGCCACCAUUUCUUCUGGCGUUAGAUUCUCCUCCUCCAUCGUCAUUUCCAGUCGCAGAGGAAGUACAAUUGUCGGUUCAGCUGGGAGGGAAGAAAUGGCGACCACGGCGCCGCGGAGCUACUUCUUCGACAUGAGGGAUGUUUCGAGGAGUGUGUUCAAGAAGAGUGACGAAGUUCUUGAUGCGUGUGAUGACGAGUAUGGCGGAGUUGUUGUUGAUCCAGACCGGCUUCCGGCCAACCAGGACCUUUUCGCAUCUUUGCUCCAUUCGUCGCUUUCUCAUUGGAAACUCAAGGGGAAGAAGGGGAUUUGGCUGAAAUUACCUCUGGAAAGAUCUCAACUUGUCCCAAUCGCCGUACAGGAGGGUUUCGAGUACCACCAUGCAGAGCCAGGAUAUGUGAUGCUGACUUACUGGAUUCCUAAACGACCUUCCAUGCUGCCAGCCAAUGCUUCUCACCAUGUAGGAGUUGGAGGAUUCGUCGUCAACGAGAACAACGAGAUUCUUGUGGUGCAAGAGAAGUUCUGUACCCCGUCCUUUUCAGGAGUUUGGAAGAUACCAACUGGCUUCAUUCACGAGGCGGAGGAGAUUUACUCAGGAGCAGUAAGAGAAGUCAAGGAAGAAACUGGGAUCGACACAGCGUUUGUGGAAGUGAUGGCAUUCAGGCAUGCUCAUAACUUGGCAUUCCAGAAAUCCGAUCUCUUCUUCGUGUGCAUGCUGGAACCCUUAUCAUCUCAGAUCAGCAUAGAUGAUGACGAGAUUCAAGCAGCCAGAUGGAUGCCUCUCGAGGACUAUUUGGCGCAGCCACUCAUCAAUGGAGAUAUAAUGUUCAAGAAGAUCCUCGACAUCUGCAUCGCUCGAUUGGGGAAGCGAUACUGUGGACUCACUGCCCAUCAAGUCGUCUCCACGUUCGACGACAGGCAAUCUUGCCUCUACUACAAUGUCGUCGACAUCCAGAAUGGAAAUGACAACUGCAUAGGCCAUUGAAAGAAAAAAAUGCAUGCAGCCGUCGUAUGGUCCUUAUCUUAUCUUACAUUACAUUGUUGUUUAAUUAACCAAUGCUAUAUAAGGUAAAUCUAACGACGAUUUAUGCUGUAAAUUGAGUAACUGGGUUGUGUUUGUCACAUGUGGGAGAAGAAAAACCAUGCUCUGAGGCAAGGUGUACAUAACUUUGUGAUGGAAUAAUGAGCUUGGCAUUUGGCAGUUUGCGUCAUAUUUUUCACUAUUUGUAUAGCCAUCAAACCUUAUGUUUUUAGGAUUGCUGACGAAACCAUGUUUCUAUUGUGUAAACAAAUUCAUUCCUAUCUAUACUAUUAGUGAAAAAGCAAUGUCAAUCUAUACAUAAAUAUAUUUGUGGCAGAUAUUUCACUCUACAUGACUUAUUUUUAAUAAUCCGAUUAGAUCAGA